CUAAAUCCGUGACUACGUCCGUGUUUUUUUGUAAUGCCUUACAUUUUCUCACCAAACGCAUAUGACAUUUUUUUCUAAUCUCUUCUCUAGUGUCCGUCCUGAACUCCUGACCUUGUCUUCCAAGCUCGAUCUUUUCUUUUGCAAGAUGUAUUAUAUCUUCUUUUCAGUCACACUCUCUUUUAUAUGCUUAUUACAACCUAAUAUCGAAGGUAAUCAUUCUUAUGCGAAUAUUCACCUGUUCCCAUAUCCUUAAAUUUCACAUACUUAGUAUAACGUUAUGUCACUAUAUACUUAGAUGUUUACUUAAUGGUUCUUUACUUUUUAGUUUAAGUCUACCUUUAGAAUCAUGGUGGAUAGAUCUUGGAUGUAUUCUGCUCCAAGAUCAAGUGAACAGUUCAUAAAUGGAGUGGAGAGCUUUAUCAAAUUUGCUUUUGAGAGAUCAAGUCAAAUUUUAUCAUACUCGAGGGGAAGUAUUUGAUCAUCUAAUAUGUAAUGGAUUCUGAAAAGAAUACACAAAAUGGAUAGAUCAUGGAGAACAUCAAACAUCAUCAUUUUCAAGGUCUGCGCCUAAUAAUGUAGCGGAGACUUUUAGACUUGACACACAAGGACUAUUAAAUGAUUUAUUUUCAGUGGCCCAUGAAGAAGUAGGUACACCUAAUAUGGAGGAGUGUGAAGGGAGUACGGGUUUGGGUAACUUCAGUGAUCCAGAGAGCUAUGAAACUAGAGCUGACAAGUUUUUUGACCUCUUAAAGGAAUCUGAAAGGAAGGUAUAUCCAAAUUCAAAGUAUAGCAAGCUUUCUUGUUUGGUACACUUGUUCCAUUUAAAGUGCUUGAAUGGUUGGAGCAACAAGUCAUUCACUAUGUUACUGGAGUUCUUACAAGAUUUGUUGCCAGAUCAAAAUUUGAUGCCCAAAACAACGUAUCAAGUUAAAAAGCUACUUGGAGACCUAGGUUUAGGCUACGAAAAGAUCCACGCAUGCCCAAAUGAUUGUAUGUUGUUCUGGGAUGAUACUGAGAAAGAAAAUGAAUGUUCAAUUUGUGGACAAUCAAGAUGGCUUGCUUCUACAGAUAAUACUGGUGAGAUAGUAAACGCCCAAAAUAAGAAGGCAGCAAAGAUUUUGCGUUGGUUUCCUUUGAAACCAAGGCUUUAAAGAUUGUUUAUGUCUUCAAAGACGUCUAACCUUACAAAUUGGCAUCAUAGUAAACGCAUAAAUGAUGAAAAAUAGAGACAUUCGGCUGAUGGUGCAGCAUGGAAGGAUUUUAACAAGAAUUAUCCUGAGUUUUCCAAUGAUCCACGCAACAUUCGGUUAGCACUUUCAAGUGAUGGAUUUAACCCUUUCAAGACAAUGAAUCUUAAAUAUAGUAUUUGGCCAGUUUUUUUUUAAUUUCUUGUAACUUACCUCCGUGGCUGGUCAUGAAACAACCCAAUUUCAUUCUUUCUUUAAUUAUUCCUGGAGCAAAAGGCCCUGGGAAUAAGAUUGAUGUAUAUAUGCAGCCAUUGUUGAAAGAGUUAAAAGAGUUGUGGGAGGAUGGAAUUGAGACUUGAUGUGACUACUAAAGAUAAGUUUCGGCUGAAAGCAGCAUUACUUUACACAAUUCCUGACUUUCCUGGAUAUGCAAACCUUUCAGGAUGGAGUACCAAGGGAGAAUUUGCAUGUCCUAUAUGUGGAUUUGGUACUGCUUCAAAAUGGCUUCAAUUUGGAAGAAAGUUUUGUUAUAUGUGUCAUAGGAGAUGACUUCCAUCUAACCAUAGGUGGCGGUUUGAGACUCAAGCUUUUAAUGGAGAGCAAGAGCUACAGGUCACACCUACACCUAUUUCUGGGCAUUCAGCUUUUCAACACUUAGACGAGCUUGAGUUUGUGAGUUAUAAUGUCAAUAAUGGUCCAUGAAAAAAAAGCAUUUUCUUUAUGUUGCCUUACCAGAAACAUUUAUUGUUGCGUCAUAACCCAUAACCUUGAUGUCAUGUACAUAGAAAAAAUGUGUGCGAGAACAUUUUUGGAACUUUGUUGGGACAGGGUAAAAAGUCUAAAGACAAUUACAAAUCAAGAUUAGACUUACAAAAAAUGGGUAUAAAAAAAGAACUUCACCCGAAAAAGCGUCAAGUGAGCAAUAUAACGUGCUUGCUCGAGCAUGCUACCAAAUGACUUGAUCAGAAAAGGAGGCUUUCUUGAAAACUCUUGUUGUGUGCAAUUGAAGGAUAAAAAACUUUUAGGGCUAAGAAGUUAUGAUUGUCACAUGUUGAUGCAAGAAUAUCUACCUAUUGCCUCAAGGGGGACAUUGCCAGACAAUGUUUCAUCAAUUAUCAUUGAACUGUGUGAUUUUUUUAAGGCAAUUUGUUGUAAGAACUUGUCUAAACAUGACAUCCAGUUUCUUGAAAAGAAGGUUACACUAACCUUAUGCACAAUUGAACUAUGUCCUUCUUUCUUUACUGUUAUGGUGCACUUAGUGGUUCAUUUGGUUGAAGAAUUGAGGAUGGGAGGUCCAGUAACUUUUAGGUGGAUGCAUUCUGUUGAAAGGGAACUUCUCACACUGAAGUCAUAUGUUCAUAAUAGAGCUUAUCCAGAAGGUUCAAUCACUGAAGGUUAUUUAGCUAUGGAAAGUUUAACAUUUGUCUCUCGCUAUCUCUCCGUUGUUGAGACAUUGUUUACUCGACCUGUGAGAAAUGACGAUGAGGGUGAGCAUAAUGAAAUUGAAGAGUUAAACUCACUUUGUCCUGGGCGUCCAUUAAGAAAAAGCAGAGAUUGUAAUGUCUCUUUUCGAAAGAGAAAGAGAGUAUCUCGUUGUGUGCUUUACAAGAAGUUGCUGAUACAAGCACAUCGUUAUGUCUUAUUUAAUGUCGAGUUAGUCAUGCCAUUUAGAGAGGAACAUAAAUCAAUCGUUAAGAAUUGAAAUAGUUCACGGCGACGACCCGAAUAUGAGAUUGAAAGACUUCAUUGCCAAGAAUUUAAUGAAUGAUUCCAAAAAGGGUUUCUCGUUUAGUAGAAGAAGGUGAUGCAAGAGUGAGUGAGGAAAUUAAAUGGCUUGCUCUUGGCCCCCACACCUCUGCAAAGACAUAUUGUGGUUAUUUUGUUAAAGGGUAUCGAUUCCAUACAAUGGAUCAUGAGAAAUUCUUGAAAUCACAAAAUAGUGGCGUUGUUGUAACGGUAAAGAGUGAAUGUUAUGCUAGCUCCCGUGAUAAACAACCAGUUCUUGGUAUGAUCAACUAUUAUGGCUCAUUGAAAGACAUAAUUGAUUUGAACUAUUCUGGUAAACUACGAGUGAUUUUGUUCAGAUGUGAUUGGGUUGAUGUGAAUAGAGGUGUGAAGCGAGAUGAUAUGGGUACAACGCUGGUUAACUUUUCGUAUUUGGCACACACAUGAACAAAUGUGCUUGAUGACCUCUUUGUUCUAGCCUCACAAGUUGAGAAAGUCUUCUAUGCUAGAGAUUGCAAGUCUAAGGAUUGGUUGGUUGUUAGGCAUGUCAAAGUUAGGGAUAUGUUUCAAAUGGGAAAUAAUGUUGAUCAUAGUAUACAUACGUCAAAUGAUGCAAUAUUUGAUGUACCAAACCUGCACAAAGUUGGAGUUGAUGAUGAUAAUGGAGUUGAUGUCACUCCAAUGAUGGAACAAGAAGUUAUGCAUGAUGAAGAUGAUGAAGAUGAAGAAGAUGAAGAAGCUAGCAUUGCUG